AAUGUAAAUUUGUACAAAUAAGACAUAACAAAACUAAAUCAAGAACGAAUACGUGUUAUUUCAUUUUUUCGGCGAAUAAAUUUUAAAUCAGUGCAAUUACUUUUAUUUCAAAAUGAAUUCCGACGAUUUACUAUCGUUCAAAGAAUAUUCACCAGUGCAUGGAACACAAACAUAUGGUGGAAGUGCGGAAAUCAAUGUGAAUUCGCCGAAUCGACAGCGGUCACCUUAUCAAAAUGCCACAACAACAUCAAAUGAAUCGACCACUAACGAUCCACUCCAAGAUCUUAUCAAUUCGAUGAGUGCAAGUGUGAAUAUUCUACAAAAUGAAGAUCGUCAAAAGUCGUCACCAUUGCAUGGUGCAGAUGAUAUUGAUAGUAGCCCAAGAAGUAAUCAUUCCAUAUUCAGCAUUGAGUUUUAUCAACAGUUUUUUAAUGUUGAUGCAAACAUCGUAUGGGAGCGUAUUGUAUCAGCGAUAGUACCACGACGCGCACCAGUUCACUACAUUAAGCAAGACAUUGCACCGAAUCCCGAUUUAUAUGGACCAUUUUGGAUUGUUGUCACUCUGGUAUUCUCCAUUGCCAUUGCUGGAAACAUAGCAAGUUAUCUGAAUGAUGCGAAUGUAAAUUACGAAUGGCGUUACAAUUUUAAUCUGGUAUCAACUGCAGCAACAACCAUUGUCAUUUAUGUUAUUUUGGUACCGUUUGCAUUGUGGGCUGCAUUCAAAUGGACAGCACAACCAGUUGAUACUGAGUUGAUUCAAGACGAGAACGGUGUUUUCACACCAAGUUUACUGACCUUAAUUUGUAUCUACGGCUAUUCAUUGGGCAUCUACAUUCCUGUGUCGGUCCUUUGGGUUAUUCAAAUUUCAUUUCUGCAGUGGUUGCUUGUCUUUGGCGCUGCAUUGUCAACUGGCACCGUGUUAAUAAUUAUUUUAAGUCCAGCACUAAAAAAUUCAAAACUAUCUAUUUUCUUGAUCGCCGGAAUUAUUCUGGCACAUUUUUUGCUAGCGGCUGGUUUCAAACUUUUAUUCUUUCAUAUGCCAGACCCGAAAGUAUCAACUACUACCAUUGCAGCUGUCACCCAAGCCGCUGCCAAAGCCAUCGUAAAUGCCACUGUCAAACCGUCAUAAAUUUCAAUAAAACAUUUCAUUUUACUAGUGAAUAAAAGUGAUGUUUACACAUUUUA